CAGCUUCUCCUCCGCGCCCUCGGCGGGCCGCCGACGUCCGCCGGCCCCAUUUCCGGGCGUUGCGCGACGUUCUACGGCCCCGGGUCAUCCCCGGCCCUCGCUCUCUGCCCUCGGCGCCCCGCCCACCGGUCCUGCAGCGCCUGGAGCGGCGCGUGGACCGCCGAGCACAGGAGCCGUGGGGAGAACCAUGCACCAGAGCCUUUGACACCAUGAUGUCCAUCAGGCAAAGAAAAGGAGCCAAAGCCUCAGAAGUGUCUGAGGGUGGCACAGCCCAGCAGGAGAGUGUGACGUUGGAACGGGAGUUGCCGUCUGGAGUUUGUACCAGGAGAAGACUCUGGAAGGUCCUGUCACUCAUAGCCGGUGGAGCCGUAGCCCUUUGUGCUGGAGUGCUGACCUCUGUUUACCUGGCCACUCUACAUGAAAAUGACCUGUGGUUUUCGAACAUCAAGGAGGUGGAGCGGGAGAUCUCCUUCCGGACCGAGUGUGGCCUGUACUACUCCUACUACAAGCAGAUGCUGCAGGCGCCCAGCCUCCUGCAAGGUUUUCGUGGCUUAAUGUAUGACAACAAGACUGAAUCUAUGAGGACAAUCAACCUCCUUCAGCGAAUGAACAUUUACCAGGAGGUUUUCCUCAGUAUUCUGUACAGAGCGCUGCCCGUGCAGAAAUAUCUAGAGCCAGUUUACUUUUAUAUUUACACCUUAUUUGGACUCCAAGCGAUCUACGUUGCAGCCCUUUACGUGACCAGCUGGCUCCUCAGUGGCACGUGGCUGGCAGGACUGCUGGCCGCCUCCUGGUACGUCACCAACAGGGUCGACACGACCCGGGUGGAGUUCACCGUCCCGCUGCGGGAGAACUGGGCGCUGCCCUUCUUCGCCGUUCAGGUGGCGGCCGUCACGUACUUCCUGAGGCCAGACCUGCGGCCUCUGUCUGAGAGGCUGGCCCUUGUCACCAUUUUCGUGUCCACCUUCGUCUUCAGCCUGACGUGGCAGUUCAAUCAGUUCACGAUGCUGCUGCAGGCGCUGGGACUCUUCGCCCUGGACUCCCUGGACAUGCUGCCGGCCCUGAAGGCGACGUGGCUCUACGUGAUUCAGGUCGCAGCUCUGCUCCUGGUCUGCGCACUUCAGUUUUUCAAUUCCAUGAUUCUUGGAUCGCUGCUUAUCAGUUUUAACCUUUCAGUGUUAAUUGUAAGAAGACUUCAGAAAGAUCUGAAAACUGGAAACCUCCUUAGGAGGCUUGGGAAACUGUCGUUACAUUUGCUCGUGGUCUUGUGUUUGACGUUGUUCCUCAACAACCUCACUAAGAAAGCCCUCAACCUGAAGUCAGACGAACACGUAUUUAAAUUUCUGAAGGCAAAAUUUGGUUUCGGAGCGACAAGAGACUUCGAUGCGAACCUGUACCUCUGUGAAGAGGCCUUUGGCCUCCUGCCCUUGAACACGUUCGGGAGGCUCUCGGACACCCUGCUUUUUCACGCCCACGUGUUUGUCCUGUGCGUCACGGCGGCGGCAGCACUGGCCGUCGCCUUCCGUAACCUCAGCGGCCGGUCGCCCCCGGGGGUGGAAGCGUGCACCGUCGGCCUGCGGCCAGAAACCGCCUACAACUUGAUACACACCGUUCUGUUUGGAUUCUUGGCCCUGAGUACGAUGAGGAUGAAGUACCUGUGGACGCCGCACCUGUGUGUGUUCGCAGCCUCCGGCCUGUGCAGCCCGGAAGUGUGGGGGCUGCUUCUGAGGGUCGCCCGCCUGUACACCCCAGCGAGGAUGUGCGUAUUGCGGUACUCAGUCCCGAUGUUAAUACUGCUCUCUCUGUGCUACAAGUUCUGGCCAGGAAUGCUGGAUGAGCUGUCGGAGUUGAGGGAGUUCUAUGACCCAGAUACAGUGGAGCUGAUGGACUGGAUUAAUGCUCACACCCCAGGGACGGCGGUGUUCGCCGGGAGUAUGCAGCUGCUGGCGGGGGUCAAGCUGUGCACGGGUCGGACCCUCACCAACCACCCCCACUAUGAGGACAGCGGCCUGCGGGCACGGACCAAGGCGGUCUACCAGAUCUACGCGAAGAGGCCCCCGGAGGAGGUGUACGCCCUGCUGCGGGCCCUGGGCACCGACUACGUUGUCCUGGAGGACAGCGUGUGCUACGAGCGCAGGCACCGGCGCGGCUGCCGGCUGCGGGACCUGCUGGACGUGGCCAACGGACACGUGAUGGACGGCCCGGGAGAGAAUGACCCAGACUUGAAGCAGGCAGGGCACCCCCGCUUCUGCGAAGAGGUCAAGCGGGACCUGCCGCCCUACAGGCAGCUCUUCACACGGGUAUUCCAGAACAAGACGUUCCACGUCUACAAGCUGGCCAGGGACAAGUGACGGCUUCCUCUUCCCUGACACACGAGACUCCCUGGGGACGAACCUCUGCAGAUGGCGUUUCGUGUGGGACCAGGUGGCCCGGACCCUCGCGCUGUGACACAAGGAGGCACACAGAUGUUUACACGGCUGCUCCCGUCUGUGGAGUGUCUCGCACCAGCUCCGUGCCGUCUCGCUUGUCUGUGUCUCCCUUCCACGCGUCCCAGCUGCGUCUGGUUGGCGUCCGCAGAGUGACCCAGGGCUCUGUGGUCGGGGACAGCGCCUGCUCCACAGGCGGCCGGCAUGGCCCGCUCUCUGUGGGAGCCCACGGCCUGUGCAGGGUUGGGAGCCUGCGAGUUUCCAGUGGGCCGGAGCCAGC